GUGUGGCUUGACAGGAGACAAUUACCUUCCAUAGCAGCAUACAUAAUAGGUACCUAAAUGUGGGACAAGUCCCGCUUUUAGCAUCGGAGAAUCGCCCAUCUGAUUGGCAAUUGGCUAUGCACAUACCUACCAGGUAACUUCUAAGCAUCCUGGCAUCCAUUCAUACACUACAACGAACUAUUCGACUUUUACUAAACCCAGUAAUUAACGCGCCGUUAUUGAUAUUCCAUACCGAUAUCCCAAGAUGUCCUCUUCCCAACCUUCAUCUCAGCCACCGACUAUUAACUACGUGGCUGGCUUCCUACUUGUCGGGCUUGCUUGGGGAUUUACGACACCCUUCAUUCGCCGUGCGGCCAAAGAUCAUAACCCACCGGCUCAUCCGACACUAGCAAGAGACGACGUAAAAGCAAGCCGAGUCAAGAGUAAACUUUACGGGGCUUUUUUUGCCGUCCUUGAUCUACUGAAGAACCCGAGAUAUGCUGUUCCACUGCUGAUCAACUUGACCGGGAGUGUUUGGUUCUUCCUCCUCAUCGGCCAAGCAGAAUUGAGCUUGACGGUCCCAAUCGUAAACACACUAGCCUUCUUAUUCACAGUACUUGGCGACUGGUGGGUUGACAAGAAGGUUAUAAGCAGAGAUACAUGGAUUGGAAUGAUCUUGUCUUUAUGUGGUAUUGCGUUAUGCGUCCGGAGUAAAACUAGCUGAUAUUUUUUUGCUCAUAUGAAGAUGAUCAGACACUGCCGAUAAUUCUCGAAAAAAAAAAUUUAGGAUAUUGAAGAGUUAGGAAAGCUUUCGGGUUCUAAUAAGAAUCGGUCUUGAAAGAACAAGGUGGAAAUAGGUCCAAACGCAGAUCCCGGGUGUAUCCCACCAUGGGAGAACAUACCACACAUCUACAAAGACCAGCGCAGGUAUAGACGUCACUAUCAUACAGGCAAACUCACGAUGACUCUCAACCCUAUGCUAAGAAUAGAUGCUGACUUGCUCCUACAAUGAGCAAAGCUCGCGCUCAUACAUGUUUCAUGCAAGUCUUUGAUUCGUGUGCUGUGCUACGGGAAGAGGGCAUCGCACGUUAUUAGUAGUUAUCCUGGUGAAACGACCACUAGUCAAAAGGUCGCGGUAGUUUUCAGUAUGGCGUCUCAUGUAGAGUAUGCUCACAGAUAAGGUAUAUGAGAUCCUAAAUCGUCCCUCGCUAUAAUAAGCCUAAAGACGAAGAGAGUGCUGCGAAGGAAAUACGGUGACUACAGUCAAUUUAAGGUUAUCCACAUACCAGAGACUCAGAAGUCAAAAGCACCACAGUGGUCAAAUAGGAUAGUGCAAAAGAUCUCUCG